AUGGGCGAGGAACAGAAGCUUAUUUUGCCAGAAACAAGUUUGCUGAAAUACAAAAAUCUUGUGCGUGUCUCUAGCAAAUCGUCCAAAUCCGAGGGCAAAAACGUGAGUAGCUUUGAUCCGCGCAAAAUCUGCGAGAUGCAGUCGACUGAAAGCAUUCUUGCCAGUAUCAUGCCCCCACGACGGCUGGAAAUUAAAGGAGAUCUCUUCAUUCAAGAGGUCUCUUCAGCUCCAGCGUCUCGCGCCGAUGUCGUCCAAUUGACUAAACAACUGGAUCAACAACUUGAGGCACGGGGUGCUAAAAUGACGGGCAUUUGCCCUGUUAGAAGAGAGUUAUUUUCCCAAGUCUUUGAUGAAUUGAUACGUCAACUGACAAUUCACUGCGCUGAGCGUGGUUUGCUACUGCUUCGUGUACGAAAUGAGGUACAGACAACCAUAUCAGCCCUGCAAUCAAUUUACGCCUCCGGUGUGGUAUUCGGUCUGCAAAAGUCGCUGGCACGCGAGGCUGACCGCAACCAUCAGGCAAAUCGUGUUGCCGAGUUGGAAACAGAGAUAGCCAACCUUGAGAAGAGAAUAAAGAUAGAAGUGCUAAAUUGCAAGGCCUUGGAGGAGAAGGAGGCCAACCGGCUGGCCGCGGCCACUCGAAGAGCUGAAGAAGACGUUAAUUUCUUACGCAAGGGGCAUGAACAGCUAAAGAACCAGCUAGAAGACGUUUUGAAUCAGUUCAAGAUUGUCAAUGAAUAG